AGACUCAUUUAACACCGUGUGGUCAAGGUUAGCGGCUGCAGUGUUGGGUUUGUGGUGGGAUUUCAGAGAGGCGGCACAUCAUGAUGCUUCUGGUAUUUAUCAGUCUACUGCAGGAAGCCUUUGCAGCUCCAGGUGUAGCCUUGGAUCCGUGCUCUGCCUACAUCAGCCUGAAUGAACCCUGGAGGAACACGGAGUUCCACGUGAACCAGUCGUCCGGCGUCCCCCUGUGUGACAGCCACGUGUCGGGGGAGUGGUACCGCUUCACCGGCCUGGCUGGCGACGCCAUGCCCACUUUCUGCAUCCCUGAGAACCACUGUGGAACACACGCCCCCAUCUGGCUCAGCGGCAGCCACCCCCAGCUCCAAGACGGCGUCGUCACCCUGCCCGUGUGUGCCAGCUUCAACGACGACUGCUGCCAGUGGAACGCCACCGUGGACGUCAAGGCCUGUCCUGGAGGAUACUUCGUGUACCGCCUCCCCAAACCCGCCGUCUGCUUCCACGUUUACUGCGGCCACUUCUAUGACAUAUGCGACGAGGUGGACUGCACAGGGCCCAGAUGUUUGCCGUCUGACUGUCGCUGUCCUGCUGGAACUGUCCUGGGUCCAGACCGACAAACGUGCCUGGACAUCAAUGAAUGCGACAAGGACAACGGCGGCUGUUCGGAGCUAUGUGUGAACACCAAAGGCUCCAGGCGCUGUGCGUGUGGGCGGGGCCGCCUGCUGAGCGAGGAUGGACUCACCUGCAGGGAGACUGCAGGCUGUCACGUCAACAGUGGGGGCUGCAGCCACAGCUGCACCACCCUGCAGGACACCCACCAGUGCCACUGUCCCAGAGGACUGGAGCUGGGGGAGGACAGACGCACAUGCCAGGUGCCUGUCCAGUGCGACUCCAGCUCCAUUACAGUCUCAGUUCCUAAAGACCUGGUAGGAGGACUGGAGCUCUUUCUGUCCAACUCAUCAUGUCGAGGUGUCUCCAACGGCACGCACAUCAACCUCAGCUUCAGCCUGAAGACCUGCGGCACUGUGGUGGAGGUGACGGAAAACAGGAUUGUGGGGACCAACCUGGUGACAGGCCUCCCCAGGAGCAACCCGAGCAGCAGCAGGGACGUCAUAGUGCGGACCAGCAAACUGGUCCUCCCGGUUACAUGCGAGUUCCCCAGAGAGUACCACGUGUCAGACGGGUACCAGGCCAGUCUGCACAGCUCGGCCCUGGAGCUUGCAGGCCACAGCCGGGGAGUCUUCUGGUUCUACUUGGAGCUCUUCAAGAGCGCAGAGUUUCUGGAGCCUUACCGCUCCCCCCCACAGCUGCGUCUGCACGACUCUCUGUUCUUUGGCGUGGAGCCCAAGGACAGAGUUGAGGGCCUGUCUGCUCUGGUGGAGAGCUGCUUUGCGACGCCAGGACCCACAGCGGACCAGGCCCUGAAAUAUUUCCUCAUCAAAGACGGAUGCAUCUCGGAUGAGACGGUGACUCAGUAUUCAUCAAAGGACCAGCUCUCCAAGCACUACCAGGUUCCGGUCUUUAAGUUCGUCGGCAGGGACAACCGGCAAGUCUACCUCCACUGUCGGGUGUUGGUGUGCGGCGCAGGAGACGGCCGCUGCAGCCAGCGCUGCCGGGGGCGUGCUCGACGGGAGGUCAGGACAGGUGGAUCCCAGGAGCGCCGCACCCUGAGCUCGGGCCCCAUCUACAUUCUACCAUAAAGAAACUGCUGAUACAGAAACCAAACGUCCCGAAAAACAGAACAUUCGAUGUGACCACCUUUACUUUAUUUUGGUAUUAAAAACACCAAAAACAUAAAGGCAUUGCACUAUCCCCCCUCACUCACACACAGGCAUAACUACACACACUCUGCUUCCCCCCCAUCUGUUAUUUAUACUGCUGGUGAUGAACAAGCACGUCCAAGUUUGUGUAUCUGUGCCUCAAAGCACAAUUUACAGACAUUAAAAUGAUUGACGUUUCUAUUAAAAAGCAUCACGAGGGCGCCACAGUUCAUUUCCAGCUACAGCAGCACAAUCUGAGCUUUUCCUGAGGUGCACAUUGUACCACUUCUUAGGCUCGCUUAGAGCUUACGGGCCUUCAGGAUUCAUAAAGAGCAGCGUACUUUCUGCCCCAUCACUGAUUUGGAAAAUAAAAGUGGAACAUGUGACUCAUUUUCUGGGUGUAAUGGAUGAUGGAAGAGGGGGAACGUCACACGUUAAACACAUUUAACACACGCUCCGUCACUUUAGCAGCUAAUCGAAAUGUAAUCGUGCCAUUUAAGAUGCAGUUUGUUCAUUAAAAGUGACUAAUAACAUUGACAUAGUAGUGAA